AUGUAUAUCUCUCAAUCAUCGUGGCGUCAGAACCCGAAAACCAUCUUGGAUAGUAGUUCAAGUCACUUGGAAGUGACUCUCCAAUGGAUUGGAAAGCGAGGAGCUCUGAAAUGGCCAAGAGCCCAAGAAGGCGCUGAGAAAUCUGACAAAGCGCAAUUCACCAUCAAAAAAGACUAUGAGAUCUUAUUAACAGCGCUGAAAGAAUCUCGAAAGGCAAUACAGCAAGGAAAAAAGACCAAAGCAAAGUUCUUGUUAGCAUUUGUUUACUCACCUAUGUCAAUCAUCACUUCAUUCUUCGGUAUGAAGUUUCAGGAGUUUGGUCAAGGCCAUCUAGGUCUCUGGAUCGGCGCCGCAGCCAUGGUGGCGGCUUUUACGAUUCAGUCUAUUCUUUACACGUUCUGGCACAACGCUGUACCAAUAUAG